UUCCCGUAAGAGAAGUUAUCUUCCCAUAUUAGAAAGGAUUUCAAUCUUCUUUUGCCCUUUUGAAUGUAUAUUUCCUCUCACACCUCCAGAAGAGAAUUUCAUGGAUUUUCUAGACAAGGAGAAAGAGAGGCGGCGAUCGUAGAGGUAACAAGCUCCGGGCAUUGCUUGUCCGUCCAUCAGGAGUUUGAAUUGAAUUGAGGGUAGAAGAAUUGAGCCAGACUCCUUUCACACAAUGUCGAAUGCUACUGUACAUGUCUGUCCUUUGCCAAUGAAGGCGACGUCGAACGGGGUAUUCCAAGGAGAUAAUCCUCUCGAAUUUGCACUCCCUCUAGCGAUCUUACAGAUAUGCCUUGUGCUCGUCUUCACGCGCUGCCUAGCUUUUCUUCUCAGGCCUUUAAGGCAACCUCGUGUGAUCGCCGAAAUCAUUGGUGGGAUUUUGCUGGGUCCAUCAGCUUUGGGCCGCAGCCAAAGCUAUCUGCAUGCAGUUUUUCCUUCCAGGAGUAUCACAGUCCUAGACACACUAGCUAACCUUGGACUUCUCUUCUUCCUUUUCCUAGUGGGACUCGAACUUGAUCCAAAGGCAAUUCGUCGGACAGGCACAAAGGCCCUUGGCAUUGCUGUGGCUGGUAUCAGCCUCCCUUUUGUGCUUGGAAUCGGUUCCUCAUUUGUUCUCCGACAAACAAUUGCCAAAGGCGUGCGUGGACCGCCUUUUCUCGUCUUCAUGGGUGUGGCCCUCUCUAUAACUGCCUUCCCUGUCCUGGCCCGCAUUCUUGCUGAGCUCAAGCUCCUCACCACUGAUGUAGGUCGCAUGGCAAUGUCGGCCGCUGCUGUCAAUGAUGUCGCCGCAUGGAUCCUUCUUGCGCUUGCGAUUGCGCUCUCUGGAUCUGGCCACUCCCCACUGGUCUCCCUCUGGGUUCUACUUGCUGGGGCCACAUUCAUCAUAUGUGCUAUCUUGGUUCUUCGGCCGAUCUUUUCAUGGAUGGCCCGCCGGUCUGAGGAAGGCGAGCCAGUGGAUGAAAUCUACAUAUGUGCCACCUUGGCUACUGUCCUGGCAGCUGGGUUUGUGACGGAUGCUAUUGGAAUUCAUGCGCUUUUCGGGGCUUUUGUCGUCGGCAUUCUCAUCCCGAAGGAGGGGCCUUUCGCAGGUGCUCUGGUGGAGAAGGUGGAGGAUCUUGUUUCGGGCCUCUUUCUACCAUUGUACUUCGUUUCAAGUGGGUUGAAGACCAAUGUAGCCACCAUUAGUGGAGCUCAGUCAUGGGGGCUGUUGGGUUUGGUGAUAGUUACUGCCUGUGCAGGGAAGAUCCUGGGUACCGUGGCAGUCUCAAUUGCUUGUAGGGUGCCUGUCCGCGAAGCUCUCACUCUCGGAUUUCUCAUGAACACCAAAGGCCUGGUAGAACUUAUUGUCCUCAACAUCGGCAAAGACAGAAAGGUGCUGAAUGAUCAAACGUUCGCGAUCAUGGUGCUCAUGGCACUCUUCACAACCUUCAUCACCACACCUCUUGUCAUGGCUAUAUAUAAGCAGGCGAGGAAGGGGAAUGCUCCCUACAAGCAUCGAACCAUACAACGGAAAGACCCAAAUUCCCAGCUUCGGAUCAUGGCCUGUUUCCACAGCACAAGGAACAUUCCGACGGUAAUCAAUCUCAUUGAGGCCACUAGAGGGACUGAGAGGCGAUCAAGGCUAUGCGUAUAUGCAAUGCACCUUAUGGAGCUCUCAGAGAGGUCGUCGGCAAUCCUCAUGGUACACAAGGCAGGGAAGAACGGGCUGCCAUUCUGGAACAAGAUGCACAGGUCAGAUUCGGACCAUGUUGUCGUUGCCUUCGAGGCAUUUGAGAGGUUAAGUAGGGUGUCUGUAAGGCCCAUGACUGCAAUUUCUGCACUCUCUGAUAUGCAUGAGGAUAUCUGUAUGAGCGCGGAGAGGAAGCGUGCUGCGAUCGUGAUUCUACCAUUCCACAAGCACCAAAGGCUCGAUGGGGUUUUGGAGACGACGCGGGCAGAGUUCCGGUGGGUUAAUCGGAGGGUGCUCGAGCAUGCACCAUGCUCAGUUGGGAUACUCGUGGACCGCGGCCUAGGUGGGACUGUCCAUGUCUCUGCGAGCAAUGUCUCAUCCUCUGUUGUGGUCUUCUUCUUUGGUGGGCCUGACGAUCGUGAGGCUCUAGCGUAUGGGAUGCGGAUGGCAGAGCACCCUGGGAUUCUGCUGAAGGUGGUCCGCUUAAUGUCAGAAUCCAAUGGUGAGAUAGUUGCAGACUCUGUAAUGAUCAGUAUAGAUAGCAAUGCUGAUGCCAAACAAGAAUCAGAAGAUGAAGGGCUCCUUGCGGAAUUACAAAAGAACAUCAGGAAAGAAGGUUCAGUUCAGUAUGAAAAGAGGAUGGUAGGAAACAAGGUGGAGGCUAUCUCAGCCAUUCGAGAAUUCAGCCAGUGCAAUCUGUUUUUGGUGGGUCGGGUGCCUAGUGGCUUCGCAGCGAUGUUCCUGGAUGAAAUUAGCGAGUGCCCCGAAUUGGGUCCCGUUGGAAGCUUGUUGGCUUCCAUGGAUUCCUCGACGACGACGGCAUCAGUUCUUGUGGUGCAACAGUAUUCUGGCGAGAUGGGAUCGUCCCACAACCCGUCAGCGGGUUAUGAUUCUGAGUCAAGCUGAAUGGAAUUCAUGGGUUCUGUUAUUGGAUGCGUCUUCUAAUAAUACUAAUAAUACAUGUAAAUAGAUGU